AUGGCAUCCGACGCUCAACCCUCUACCUCAUCGUCUUCCACUCGUGCCGCAGCCUCACCCUCCUCAGUCCAGCCAGUCACCGCAAUGGCCCCUUCGACCUCAUCCUCAAGCUCACCCUUGAACACAACCUCGACCUCCACUUCGACCUCCAAUGCAACCUCACCCCCAUCCUACCACCCCCUCCACCCCCUGCACAUCGCCGAACUGCAGAAGAUCUGGGAGAAGGACACGCGUAUCCCGUCGGCAGCGUCGAGGAAGGCAUGGGCGGAAGCUAGGAACGUUAAUCCUCAUAGUGUUUAUAACUGGUUUUGGAGGAGGAGGAAGAGGGUGAAAGUGGGGAGGGUCAACUCAGGGGAGAAUGUGGGUGGGGAGAGGACGCCGAGUACGGCUGAUAACGUUAUGACGACCGGGAAGGCGAAGGGUAAAGCCACGACCGGGAAAACCAAACCCAAAACCAUCGAGCCGACGUACGACUUGCCUGUCGGUAUUCCGCCUGUCAUCCCCGUCGAGGACAAGGCUGUCGUGAAAGAAGAGUUGCACGAUGAUGAAGACGCUGUCCCAGGCAAGCUUCUUGACGAACGCGCUGUGCGAGGCGGGGUGUGUGCUCCCGAUACUGAUACUGACAGUUCCAAUCCUGCCUCGACGACCACUUCGACUUCGACCUCGACGUCCAUCGACCUACCGACAAAAGCCCUGCCAUCCUCCUCGACAUCAACAAUCCCAUUUCCUCCGACCUCCUCUUCGCCACCAACCUACAUCCCCCUUCACCCCUUCCACCUCUCCGAACUGCACACCGCAUGGUCCCAGAACCCAGGCAAGAUACCCACACCAGCGAGCCUGAAAGCGUGGGCGGAAGCGCGGGGUGUGAAUCCGGUUAAUGUGCAUAAUUGGUGGUAUCGGCGGAGGAAGGGUGGGGUGGGCUUGGCUAGUCGAGGGAAUGAAAGGCGGGGUGGGAGUGUAGGCGUAGUGGGGGGAGCGAUGGGUGAGAGGAAAGACAGGAAGGGCGAGAGGAUGGGCGGGAAGGGUAGAGGAUGGCGGAAGGACACGACGGAGAAGAUACUCAUUAUACCACCCGAGGAGAUGUACGAUAUGCCUGUGGGCGUGCCGCCUGUCCUCCCCCCUCCUUCCUCCACAUCCACUUCUACAUCGAAGGACGUCGUGAAGGUUGAAGAAGGCGUAGGCCUGGUCGUUGACGUCGAAAUAGUUGAGGAAGGCAAGGAUGGAGGUGUCGUUAAAGAUGGAGGUGUCGUUGGCGACGGGAACGGGGCGGAGGGUGGGGAGAAUGUGAAGGCCGUGAACGCGAAUCGAGCAGCGGGAAGGAAGAGGAAGAGGAGAGGAAGCGACGACCAACCGAGUUCGCCGUUCAAGGAGCUGUAUCGGCUUAUGCAGGAGCGUGGUGGGGAUGCGAGGGAGGAGGGGUCUUCUGUGCCUGAUUCGAAUACAUCGACGUUUACCUCGUCUGAAUCCUCGACGGCGUCGGCUUUCGCCCCCACCCCGUCCUUGACAGCGUCGGCUUUCGUCUCAUCCUCGACGUCCUCGGGUUGGAGUUCUACAGCGCCCACUCUCCUCCCAACACCCUCUUCGUCCUCAGCUAUGUCGUUCGAGAUGGAGCUGGAUACGGACUUACUUCCGCCUUCCAGUCCUCCCUCGGAGUCGUCGACCCUACGGCCAUCGUAUUCCCUCGCCCAAGUCUCUCCCCUCGCUUGCCCAGAUACUGUGGCUCGUCCACAGACACCGCGUCGUCGACUGGACGUUUCGCGCAAGAGCGGCGGAGUUGGACGCACGUCGUCACUUCUUUCUUCGGCGAUUGGGAUUCAUUUGAAUUCGAAGAGGGUGGGAUUUGAUGAGGAGGAGGAUAUGGAUGUGGACGUCGCUGUGGACGAUGCGGAUGUGGAUGUAGAUGUGGAGGGUGGACAUGAUGAUGAGGAGGGUGGGCAAGAGGAUUCGGGCGGGAUGGACGUUGAUGGCGGGGUGGACGAUUCAUCGGAUAGCGGACGUUCGGGGUUCUCGAGAGUUAGAUUCUCGUCUCUUCCUCCAUCGUCUCCUCUCCCACCGUCCUCGCCUCGCACUCCGUCGUCUUCUCUACCAUCAUCGUCUCCUCUGCGUCCAUCGUCUCCCAUACCAGCUCUCGACCUUGACCUCCGUAACUUCUCCGACCUCAGUACAGUCUCGGGAAGUGGGUGCGACACUUUCAGCGGCGGUGGACACGACGCCAGUUUCGGCAGGGGUGGACUUGGACUUGGGCUGCAUUUUCCUACGAGUUCGACUGACAUGGAGGAUGUCGAUGAUGAAGCUAAGGCGGGUUCGACGGGGUUCUCGGGUUCGACUGUGGGUUUGGGCUUGGGUUCUGCUGAAUCUGGUUCUGCGUCAACUGCGACUACAGUCUUGGACAGUUCUGGUUCUACGUUCCCUACGACAACGACGACGUCAAUUCUGGGUUCCGGUUCUGGUUCUACGUCUCUAUGCGCUGGCUUGGACGGGAUGCACGACUCAGACGGUAUCGACUUGGAUUCUGGACGUUCUGGAGGAUAUGGAGGGAGUAGUGGCACUAGUCUCGGACUCAUCUUCGACUCUCCCGCCGACCACUUGAAGGACCGACAUCAAAGCCGAACUCAUCCAGGCCUAAAUCACCGAAGCCUCAAUCAUCCAAGCCUAAGUCAUCGAAGCCUCAAUCAUGGAAGCCUAAAUCAUCGAGCCUUGAAUUGGAAUCAUAGUCUUCAGUUUCCCCUCGCUGUUUCCUCUCGGUUCACACUGGUGCAUACGUCCUUUAGGGAGUAUGUGAAACUCAACUAUGCACCGAUCGACGAUUCGGUCUUCACUUUGUCGUCGAGGUCGAGAGUUGAUUCAGGCUUUGCUUCGUCGUCGGGAGUUGGUUCAGCCAUCACUUCGUCUUCGAGGGUUGAUUUCCCGGCCAUCACUUCGUCUUCGGGGGUUGAUUUCCCGGCCGUCACGUCGUCGUCGAGGUCGGGAGUUGGAUCUGGGUGCUACUACGAGUUCCCAAUGAAGUUGGUCUGGGACCGGCCUUUUGAUGGUGGUAUUUCGGGUGUGGCUUGGGUUGAGGAGCACGGUGGUUCGGGUAUGGCUCGCGUGGAGGACUACGAUGAUUCGGGAAGGCUGUUCUAG